GAAGUGAAGUACAAGCUGCAAAACUUCUCUGAAGGUAUGGGAGUGUUUGGUUUUGCGCUUUUACGGUUUUACCAUUUCAACGACUAAAAAGAAGUAGAAUGCUUCCCUGGGAGUAAGAACAUCAACCUAAACCAAAUGUGCACUUUUUCUACUUGGAAUUUCAAUUCUCUUGGAUAUCUCGCGAUUAGAAAAAGUUUUUAGUGUUUAAGCGCAGACUGUUCAGCGAGUGUCAAAAAUGUCCGCUGCGGAGCAGCUACUCAGCGCUGCGAAGUUCCCCAUCAUUUUUCUGCUAUUUUCGGGACUGGAAUUUACUCUUGGAUUGGAUCAGAAGGCCUGUCCGGCCCCGUGCACAUGUGUUGGAGACCUAGUGGACUGCAGUCGAUUGAAGUUGGUACAAAUCCCGGAAAAUCUCCCUCCAUGGGUCGUUCAAUUGGAUUUGAGCCAUAACAAAUUGCAGUCACUCGAUGGGGCUUUGUUUACAGAACUGCGCCACCUCAGUGAGAUAAAGUUAACCAACAAUGAUUUGGACUCAAUCCCCGAUUUGGGACCCUGCGCCGCAAACAUCACCGUUCUUAGCUUAGCAAACAACAGAAUUGCAAAGAUUCCACUCGAGCGGCUGCAAGCUUUCCAAUCUCUGGAGACGUUGGACCUCAGCAACAACAUCAUCAGUGAGCUAAAGGCCACAUCAUUCCCUGUGCUCCCCUUAAAAAACCUCUUCAUGAACAACAACCGCAUCUCGUCCCUGGAGUCCGGCUGCUUUGACAGCCUGUCCAACACCCUUCAGGUUCUGAAGAUGAACAGGAACCGACUCACUUCUGUGCCAGCCAAAAUCUUCCAGCUGCCCAACCUUCAGCACCUGGAGCUGAACAGGAACCGAGUGAAGCGCGUGGAUGGCUUGACAUUUCAUGGGCUGCACUCCCUCAAGUCGCUGAAGAUGCAGAGGAACGGACUGAGCCGGCUAAUGGACGGGGCAUUCUGGGGCCUCAGCAACAUGGAGGUUCUGCAGUUAGACUACAACAACCUGACAGAGGUGAACAAAGGCUGGCUGUAUGGGCUGCUGUCGUUACAGCGGCUCCACCUGGCCCACAAUGCCGUCAGCCGCAUCCGACCAGACGCCUGGGAGUUCUGCCAGAAACUCAGGGAGCUGGAUCUCACUUCAAACCAGCUGACGCGGCUGGAGGAAUCCAGUUUUGUGGGUCUCAGCGUGCUUGACGAACUUCAUAUCGGCAACAACCGCGUCAGCUUCAUCGCUGAUGGUGCUUUCCGGGGGCUCUCUAACCUGCAUACCCUGGAUUUGAAAAACAAUGAGAUCUCCUGGACCAUUGAGGAUAUGAAUGGGCCAUUUUCUGCCCUUGACAAACUGAGAAAACUGUUCCUUCAGGGGAAUCGGAUCCGUUCUGUCACCAAGAAGUCUUUUUCUGGCCUGGACACGCUCGAACACCUAGACCUGAGCAACAAUGCAAUCAUGUCAAUUCAAGCUAAUGCCUUCUCUCAAAUUAAACAACUUCAGGAACUGCACCUGAAUACCUCCAGCCUACUGUGUGAUUGCCAGCUAAAAUGGCUGCCGCAGUGGGUGGCGGAGCACGGCUUCGUGCCCUUCAUUAAUGCCAGCUGUGCCCAUCCCCUCAUGCUGAAGGGGAGCAGUGUGUUCAGAGUCAGCCAGGAGGACUUUGUGUGUGAUGACUUCCCAAAGCCCCAGAUCACAGUGCAGCCCGAGACGCAGUCGGCACUCAAGGGCUCCAAUGUGACCUUCGUGUGUUCAGCGGCCAGCUCUAGCGACUCCCCGAUGACCUUCGCUUGGAAGAAGGACAACGAGGCCCUGAACGACGCCGAGAUCCACAACCAGGCGCACCUCCGCGCUCAGGGGGGCGAUGUGACCGAGUACACCACCACUCUGCGGCUGCGGCAUGUGGACUUCAGCAGCGAGGGCCGGUACCAGUGCGUCAUCUCCAACCACUUCGGCUCCUCGUACUCCACCAAAGCAAAGCUCACCGUCAACAUGCUCCCAUCCUUCACCAAGAUGCCCAUGGAUCUGACGAUCCGUGCGGGGGCCACUGCCCGCUUGGAGUGUGCUGCCGGUGGGCACCCCGCCCCACAGAUUGCCUGGCAGAAAGACGGCGGCACUGACUUCCCUGCCGCUCGGGAGAGACGCAUGCAUGUGAUGCCCGAGGAUGACGUCUUCUUCAUCGUGGAUGUGAAAACGGAGGACAUCGGCGUGUACAGCUGCACUGCUCAGAACACAGCCGGAGCCAUAUCUGCUAAUGCCACACUCACCGUUCUGGAAACGCCCUCUUUCCUGCGGCCACUGAUGGACAGGACUGUUGCCAAGGGGGAGACGGCCGUCCUGCAGUGCAUAGCAGGCGGAAGCCCGGCGCCAAAGUUGAACUGGACCAAGGACGACAGCCCACUGGCGGCCACGGAGCGCCACUUCUUUGCUGCCGGCAACCAGCUCCUCAUCAUUGUGGAUGCGGCUGAGGGGGACGCUGGGAAAUACACCUGCGAGAUGUCCAACCCCCUGGGCACGGCACGGGGGGACGUGAGCCUGGUGGUCCUGGCUGGCCCCAACUGUGACCCGGCCCAGGGUGGGGCCGUGGGGGCGGGGCCGGGGAGCGUAGUGGCAGAAGGGGACGGCUGGACAACCGUGGGCAUUGUGGUUAUUGCCGUGGUGUGCUGUGUGGUGGGCACCUCCCUGGUGUGGGUGGUCAUCAUAUACCACACCCGCCGCCGGAACGAGGACUGCAGCGUCACCAACACAGACGAGACCAACCUGCCUGCGGACAUCCCCAGUUACCUGUCAUCACAGGGAACGCUGGCCGACAGACAGGACACAUACGUCCCCUCAGAAAAUGGCAGCAGCCACCAGUUCAUGGCAUCCUCCAUUGGUGGCUUCUACCUGCAACAGAAGGACCUUGCUGGCCUGUGUCAGCUGGAUACUGGGAGUGAGGCAGACAUGGAGGCUGCCAUUGACCCGCUCCUGUGCCAUUACCAAGGACCAAUCAGCUCUCUGCUCCGGAGAGGAAACCUCUAUGGCCCAGAAUCCACUGAGGCUUUUACAAGCUGUGCGGCGGAGCAGAGACCCACAUUCGACUCUUACAGCGGAAGCCUGACCGGCUCGAAGAGAAGGGAGCAUUAUGGUAUGCCCCUGCAAGACCCCUUCGACCCACUGGCUGCAGGGCUCCGGAUGCCACUGCCCAGCUCCAGCCUCCACGGCUCUCUCCACUUGCAGAACCAAGGCUCGUCUACAGACAGGGACCAGGCAGAGCUCCGAGACCGACUGCAUUCAAGCUCGUUCAUGGGUACGUUUGGGAAAGCGCCCUGGAGGCCCCAGCCAGAGCUGUGCCCAGGGUUCGGUCCGGUCACCCCACGUGACCCUAUGUUGUUGCACGAGAACCCUUACGCAGCGGUGGACAUGGACUUGGACCACGAUGAGGAGGCGGUCACCAGGCAAGACUCGACAUCAGAGCAGAGCGCUGACAUCUAUGAGCUCCCCUAUGACAGCAACAGAACGGGCCACUUCCCGCCAGGCCAAACAAGCACAUAGCGGGAUCUGUGCGCGGCGGUCAAACUGUAUGUCCUUUUGGUCUUAAUUAAGGAGACGACCAAAAAAAGCUACCUCACUGACGGAUGCAUUGCUCUGUGCGACACUUGAAUGUAUUUGAAAUACAUCAUUUGGUGGAAAUGCAGAAAAAUGGACAAGCGAGGGAAAAGUCCGCUUUUUCAC